AUGGAGGGAAAUCAUCCAAUAUUGUCUUUUGUGACGAGCAGCAGUGUUGUUCACGGAAAUACAGACCCUUUCGACAUGAGCCUACUCAGAGAUGAGGUGAAUACUGAGUCAUUGGAAAGGGAUGUCUCGAUGGAAGAAAAUCCUGUCUCAGAAUCUUGCGAAAUGCUUUCAGCAGCAGCAACUGUUUCCGAGAUCUUACAGCUUGAAGAAGUUGAUGUUCCUUCUAUCAAGGCAUCUUAUGUUCCGCAUCCCCGUGGAGGCGAAAAGAUGAAAUUAUUACACAAGAAUGGUGAUUUUGAGCUCCAUUGCCCUUGUUUAAAGGUCCGAGUUCUGGAUGCUUGUGACAAACUAGCUAUGAAUCUAUUCAAAGGUUCAGGUAGUGAAUCUAAUUGGAGACAUGUUGUGGUGCGGCAUGACAAAUACACCAACUACCCUAAAGUGAGGAUCAACAUACCCACUUUGGUAGACGGGAAUGUGGCUCAAUAUGCGACAGAGAUGUAUCAGAAAGAGGGAUCAGGAACCAUGCAAAAGCUCGUAUUUAGCAAGUUUGAUCCGGAGGAGCUUGAGCCAUGGCUCAACCCAGGGACCUUUCUGGAUGCUUACCUCUUCCUGGAUACCUACGAUUAUCAAAACCGUGCCGGGAUCGAAUAG